CUACAUCUUCGUCUCCGUUAACGACUUACUACAGACUGCACUUGUAAGCUCCUCCAUAUCGCGCGCCAUCGACCAUUGUGCUGUCAGCACGUCCCAAAAGUACUACAGGCUCAUAACUGAGAUAUUGCGCGCAUACAGCCACCUCACCUCUGCUCUGAUCACUAUAUCCAUCCGCGCCGCUUUCAAAAAAUCAAUUUCAGUAUAAGCCCAGGAUGGACGUAUCUGACCUCGAAAGCUAUCGAGAGCAGCUGACGCAAGUCAUCGAUGCGCUGUCGCUUGAUCCUAACAGGCAAGACCUUCUGGAUCUCAAAGCAGAGCUGGAGAACCUGAUCACCCUCACGGAGGAGCUGGUUGCACAGCAGCAGAAAAGUAGCAGCAGUUCCGCUGCUAAUGGCAAACCAAAAGCGCCACUAGGUUCGUCGACAUCAUCAUCAGCAGCAGCAGUCGCGGUGGCGAAUGAUCUCUCCAGCACGGGCUAUUCUAGCGGCGUAGCUCCUCCUGUUUGUGCAUCCUUCUCACAAUCAGAAAGAUUCAAAUUCUCGGCCGGCGACGAAUGCUUGGCGAAAUAUGCUGGUGACAGUAAAUGGUAUCCGGCACGCAUCACUUCCAUCGGCGGCUCAGCGGUAAAUCCAGUAUAUUCGAUCGUAUUCAAAGGGUACAACAACACCGAGCAAGUUUCCUCCGCUGACAUCAAGCCGACAAAGGAGGCACUCGCAAAGCGUGCUGCGCCACAGCUAACGCCAGAGGAGGAAGAGCUGCAGGCAAAGAAGAAAAGGAAGGCCGAGAAGCGAGUGGAAAAGACACAGAGCAAAAACGUCGAAGCAAAGGAGAAGCAGGCUGCGUGGCAAAAGUUUGCUACCAAGGGUGCAAAGAAGGGCUACGCCAUCCCCGGCGCAAAAGGAAAAAGCAUGUUUGCAACGCCGGAUGAUCCGCUCAGCAAGGUCGGAGUGGUGGGUGCUGGUAGAGGCAUGACGUCUACAACACAGAGGACGAAGCACAUCUAUCACGAGGAGCGAUGAUCAGCAGCAGCUAUCCUUUCCUCCCCCGUUGUCCUACUCUUCUAGCCCUCUCGCCUUUGGCGACAAAAAACCAAUCAAGUCCUCCCAAGUCCACGACGCACUGAUAAAUCAGAUGGGUCAUGCUCACCUGAAAGCGGAUGCUGCGCCUUUUAUCAAGCAUCGCUGACCCUCUCCUUCUCUUAUGGUGCUUGGGCAAACGGACACUCUAGAAGAUGCUGCACGUAUAUAUAGCCAGCAUCCUGGCGCUCCUCGUUACUCUCUGCAUAGUGGUUUCUCCCAAAACGCCGGAAACGGCGCCUCGAGACAGGGUGUAUUGUAGUGUAGUUGCGAGUGAGCUUUAAAGGAUGGGUCAGUCUAUAUACAAAAGU